AUGGUCUGAUAAAACCCAGCUGAUAUAAAAUUAUGGUUAAUCAUUAAAAAAAAACAGUAAAACUUUUGUGACCUCAUUAUUUUUUGGCCAGGCUUUUCUUAGCAAAAUAUCAUUUUCUUUCAGGAUUUGACCCCAUCAUUACAGAACAUCUGCACUGAACUUAAAAGUAACUGAUCAUGUGAACUAUAUUUGGUUUCACUUGUUAGUAAAUUCCAAUUAGUUCUUCGUAAAUGAAUAAAUUCUGUUCAUACUUGCGACUCAACUCUGCAGCCAACCCAAUAACAGUCUAAUCAGAGUCCUAAAGCUACUUAGCAGACGUUCAGAGCGCAGACACGUGCUGUUCUGUGGAGUAUUUAAAAGAGUGGAAUGUUGUUAAGAAAAGCAAAACCUCUUUGGUCACAGCACACAAGGGGGGGCUGUGUGGUGUGAUUGACCGUUCGAGCACCUUUAAUCAUUUUAUUCUUGUUGUUAAUCAAAUCAGGUGAUGAUUUGGUGUCAAGUGAUCUCACAGUCACUGCUUUGUAACGACUAGACUUUCUACAUCCUUAUAAAGUGAGAUGCAGUGUUGCUUGGAAGACGUAGUGUCCGUCGCUCUGGGAUGAAACUCCUUGCUUCCAAACUUAGGACUGGAUAGUGUGUUUGUGUCUCACUGAGGCAUCAGUUGACGUUUUUUGCCUCUCAAAAAGCUCAACCCCAAAGAUUGUGGUACUGAGCUGGAGACUUUAACAAGGAUACAGUGUCUCAGUCUCUGAAGAAUUUCAGAGCAGUUUUUUUUUCUCCCCUGAGAGCAGGGAGUUUUUUUUUUCUUUGUUUUGUUUUUCAAAUAAUGGGAGACUAUGAUGAAGAAACAGCCUUCCUCGGACAGACGGGUCCUUAUUUCUGGACCACAUUCUUCCUCCUGAACACUGUUUUUGUCUCGACUGGCUUUAAUGGGCUUUACAUGGUCUUUGUUGGAGCGACGCCGAAGCACCACUGUCUCAUUCCAGACAUCAAUCUCACAGAGGAGUGGGGAAACGCGGUCAUUCCCUUCACGGAGGUGGAUGGGGUGGUUGUGCACAGUCAGUGCAGCAGAUACAGGCUCGAUGUGGUGAGAAAUCUCUCUGCUGAGGGAUACGUCCCUGGAAGGGAUGUCAACCUCACCAGUCUGGAACAGGAGAGAUGUCUGGAUGGAUGGAACUACAGCAAAGAAAUCUACCACUCCAACAUUGUCACAGAGUGGGAUCUUGUGUGUGACGACCAGUGGAGAGUCCCAUUUGCAUCGUCUACUCUCUUUGUUGGAUACCUUCUGGGGUCCUUGAUCUCCGGGCAGCUUUCUGACAGGUAUGGAAGGAAAAAGGUUGUUUUCAUCUCCCUUGCGGCCCAGUGUGUCUCUGUCCUGGUUCAGUCCUUUUCUCAUUCAUGGAGGAUGUUUUGUGUCAUGUUCCUCUUCGUCGGAGCCUCCCAGAUAUCCAUCUACAUUUCAGCAUUUGUUCUGGGAACGGAGGUGUUGAGUAAGCCCAUGCGAGUGCUCUUCACAACUAUGGGAGCCUUCCUGUUCUAUUGCAUCGGCUACAUGACGCUACCCUGGAUUGCAUAUGGCAUCAGAGAGUGGAGGACGCUGCUUGUUGUUUUGUCCACCACUGCUGUGGUCUACAUUCCUCUCUGGUGGUUCAUCCCAGAAUCUCCUCGGUGGCUAAUCACCCAGGGAAGAGUGAAGGAGGCCGAAGUGAUUGUGAGAAUUGCUGCAAGGAAAAACAGAGUAGAAGCUCCGACUGUUAUUUUCAGAACACUGGAGCUGCAGGGGCCAUCCAACAGCAGGACAUACACCAUGCUCGACAUUCUGAAAUCCAAGAAAAUCAGAUGGAUUACAUUGAUGUGUCUUCUGCUGUGGAUGGCAAUAAACGUCGGGUAUUUCGGAUUGUCCCUGAACACUUCCAACCUGAGCGGGAAUCCCUACAUGAACUGUUUUCUCUCAGCUGCAGCAGAGGUCCCUGCAUAUGUUGUUUCAACAUGGCUGCUGAAGAAAUGUCCGAGAAGAGCUCUCCUCUCAUCAUUCCUUGUUCUUGGAGGAGGAGUUCUGCUGCUCAUUCAGUUCAUCCCUGAAACCUUUCAUCAGGUUGCAGUAGCCUUGGAAAUGACUGGGAAGUUUGGCUUCACGAUGGCCUUCAGUAUGGUGUACAUCUACACUGCUGAGCUUUACCCUACUGUCCUCAGGAACGUAGGCAUGGGCAUGUGCUCCUCUGCUGCACGCAUUGGCAGCAUCACAGCUCCUUACGUCAUCUAUUUAGGUACUUAUAACAAAGCUUUACCCUAUAUCCUAAUGGGGAGUCUGACCAUUGCCUCCUCUAUUGUUAACUGGUUCCUACCGGAGACGCUCAAUAAAGAUCUUCCAGAAACAGUGGAGCAGAUGCAAGAAUGUCAGGGACUGUGCAGUGGGCUAAAGAAGAAGAAAUACGUGGAGAAUGGAAGCAGCCUGCAAUCACAACAAGAGUUCAAAUCAGACCUGUCAACGAUAAGUGUGUAGUGCUUUUUUUUUUUACAAAGUUGGUGGUGACAUUAUUUCAAAAUAUUGCAAGUUAUACCUUUUAAAGUAUUUGUAUGAACGUUUAACUUUGUGUUUGUCAGAUUGAACUGUGAUUUUAUGUCAAAAAAUUAAAAUGUGAACACAUGGA